UUUCGUUUGGUGGAGGAAGGAGUCUCCAUUUAAAAUUUGUGACAAAGAAAUGUCUCUAUAUCUCAUGUAUUAUGUUUUAAGUUCCCUCAGGAGAUAGCAUCUCAAGCAUAAUAACAACUGAUGUUAUAUCUCACACAGGUAACUAAGAUGAACCAAAUGGAGAAACACAAUCAUACGGCAGUGACUGAGAUAAAUGAAUUUAUUCUCACGGGCAUCACUGACAACCCUAGGCUGCAAGUACCACUCUUUGGAAUCUUUUUCUUCAUAUACUUGGUCACAGUGGUAGCCAAUCUGGGCAUGAUUGUCUUGACCCAUUUGGACUCCAAGCUACACACUCCCAUGUACUUUUUCCUUAGGCAUUUGUCUAUUACUGAUCUUGGUUACUCCACUGUCAUCGGUCCUAAAAUGAUGGUAAACUUUGUAGUACACAAAAAUACAAUUUCCUUCAAUUGGUGUGCCACCCAGCUAGCAUCCUUUGAGAUUUUCAUCAUCACUGAACUGUUUAUUCUGUCAGCAAUGGCCUAUGAUUGCUAUGUGGCCAUCUGCAAACCUCUUCUCUAUGUGGUCAUCAUGACAGAGAAAGUGCGCUGGUUGCUGGUACUUACUCCCUAUCUCUACAGCACAUUUGUGUCCCUAUUUCUUACAAUUAAGUUAUUUAAAUCAUCCUUCUGUGGCUCGAACAUUAUCAGGUAUUUUUACUGUGACUGUCUCCUUCUGAUGUCCAUGCUGUGUUCUGACACACACGAAUUAGAGUUGAUCAUUUUGAUCUUUUCAGGCUGUAAUUUGCUCUCCUCCUUCUUGAUUGUUCUUGUAUCCUACACGUUUAUUCUUGGGGCCAUCCUCAGAAUGAAUUCAGCUGAAGGAAGGCAUAAAGCCUUCUCCACCUGUGGCUCCCAUCUGACAGUGGUGGUUGUAUUCUACGGGACACUAUUGUUUAUUUACUUGCAGCCUAAAUCCAUCCAUACAUUUGAUAUUGAUAAAAUGGCUUCUGUGUUUUAUACUCUGGUGAUCCCUAUGCUGAAUCCAUUGAUCUACAGCCUAAGGAACAAAGAGGUAAAAGAUGCCAUAAAGAGAACAUUAAGUAACCGAUGCAAAAUUCUCAAUAUAUUUUAAUAUUUGCUUAUGAAGGUGGGUCCAGCAACCUUUGGUAUUAAAAAGUGAAACUAUUUUAUCAGUUGUUUUUUGUUUGUUUUUUCUGAACAAAACACUUGGUCUUGUAUCUCCCCAUACUCUUCAUCUUCACUUCAAUAGAUAUAAAUAUUGUAGCCAGAUAAUACCCCAAGUAAUUUGUAAAGUCAUAAUGCAACCCUCCAUUAUUUAUAAAUAAGAGAAAUCAUAUCAAAUUUGGGUUAAAUGUAGGCUUACAAAGAUAAAUUAGCGUAAAAUAUCCAAAACGGAGCAACAUUAACCAGAAAUUAAGUAUUAUAUAUUUUAUAGUGGUCACUGGAUAUUAAAGAUAAGUAAGGUUGAAC